GGUCACCAUAUAGUCAUAACUCAACACAUUGGCUACCUCGGCAUGUUCUCAUCGGUGAGAAUCUCUCGGGUUGAGAUAUUUAGUUAUUUACCGGUUUGGCAGUUCUCAAUUCCCAGUUCAGCCUCAUCCAUGGAGUCUCUCUCUUCCCUGAAACCCUCUCAUCACCACCACCAAUCCCUUCUCUCUCUUAAUCACCACCAUUCAACAACACCAUUCUCUUCCGUUCCUUUCCUUUCUCUACCAUCUUCCUCCUCUUCCUCUUCCGCUUCCUUUCGAUUUUCACCCAUCAAAGCCUCACACUCACCCAAAAACCCAUUAACCCACGUGACCCAAACACUAAACCCCUUCUUCUCACUCAUCCUCAAAUCAGCAUGCAUCGCAGCUGCAUUGUUCCUCAUGCGCCUUCACUUCAAUUCUCCCGCCCUCGCCGCUGCCGCUACAGCCGCACCGCAACCACCAUCUUCCGCGACGGAAUCCUCUCCGGAAGAUGCCUCCGGCGAAGAAAAAAUCUCCCCCGAAAAAAAGGUUUCGGGUGAAGAGAACAGCACCGUUGAAGAUCUUCAGUCCCUCAUCGAAGCAAAGAUCAGAGAGCGUAAAUUCGACGAAGCGGUUCCGAUGGUAGACCGCUUGAUUGAAAUUGAGCCGGAGGAGCUUGAUUGGCCGCUGCUGAAGGCGCACCUGCGUGCCCGCAACAACGACCACGCGGUGGCGCGGAACUUGUUUGAAGAAGUGCUGAAGAGAGACCCUUAUAACGUGAUUGCGCUUCAUGGUCUUCUUGUGGCGGCUUUUGAGUUGAAGGAACCAACGAAGGAUUUUAUGCCAAGGUUUGAAGAAGCUGUGAAGUUCCUGGAGAAAGAAGAGAGGGAUUCUGAGGCAAGGGACUUGAAGCUGCUAAUUGCGCAGGUUAAGGUUUUGGAAGGGGAAUUAUCCAGUGCGCUGAAGGUGUAUGAGGAUCUUGUGACAAAAGAACCGAAGGAUUUUAGGCCUUACUUGUGUAAGGGUGUGGUGUAUACUAUGAUGAAGAAGAAAGAUGAAGCUGAAAGACAGUUUGAGAAGUUUAGGGAACUUGUCCCAGAGGAUCAUCAUCACAAAGAUUAUUUUGAGGACAAUGCUAAUGUGUUCUUGCAGAAGCUAGAGCAAAAGAAAGAAGCGGCUCUGAAGAGCAUGUUUGUGGGUGAUCUACUGAUCUUGAUGACAUCGGAGGGCUUUUCCUCUGUCCAUUACAGACUACAGUGUAUGGUUGGAUCCUAUUGUGCUUAUUCUAGUUACUCACUGGUGGCUUUACUUGCUCAACUCUGAGUGAUGCGCGUCAUUUAACUUCAUUUAAUCCAUGUAUCCGAACUACCAUAUAUGGAACAACUUGGUCGUUGUUGACAUACAUGUUCAUCUUAUACUUCUCUCUUGUCGGAAGAAAACUGCAUUCGAUUCAGUUAAGUAUAUUAUCCUCAAUUUGAUAGGAUAUGAUAAGUUAAAGACAUGAUAGUAUGUCUGAUGUAAAUGAUUUUGGCAAAUAGUUAGGAUUGAACUAUGGUUGUGUUUUA